CUUGGGGGCGACGGGAGCCGCUUGGGAUCAAACGCGCUUCCGCCUGCCAUGGGGUCGCGGGAGCCAUGCCGUCGGUUGGAGGCGGUGCUCGGUGCCCUCUACGAUUUGGGUGAGGAGGCCGGUGCCCGGCGCGCCGCGGAGGACAGCGGGGUGAGCGCAGGGGGGGCGGCUGCGGAGGAGAGCCGGGGACAGCAGCCGGUGGCGGGCGGGCGGCGCGGGGCCCGCGACUUCUUCGGGGAGCUGCGGGCAGAGCUGGGCGAUGCCGCCGCCGCCGUCCCGCCGCCCUCUGCCGCGCCGCCGGCUGUGGAGGUCGUGGUGUUUCGGGGCAGGAAGAGGAAAGGGCCCCCGGCGGCCCCCAUCGGCGGUGCCCAGACCAAAGCAGUGGAUGAAGAGAAAAAUGCAGAGAAACAAGAAUUUAACUUUGAAAAAGCUCGUCUGGAAGUGCACAAGUUUGGAAUAACUGGCUACAAGAAGCAGGAACAACGCAUAUGGGAACAGGAGCGUGCUAUCAUGCUGGGAGCCAAGCCCCCCAAAAAGGAAUUUUGGAACAACAAGACUUACCAAAAGAAAAUGAAAGAGGAAAAACCAGCAAAGGCUGAUGAUAAGGGAAAGCAGGAACAUAAAGGUGAUUCUCUUAAGAAGAAGAAAGAAAAGAAGGAGAGGAAGGCCAAAAGGAAGAAAUCAGUGCCUAGCAUUUGGCCUGCAGGACAAGUCGGAAAAUUCAGAGAUGGGACCUUGAUUUUGCAAAGCCGUGAUAUAAAGAAGAUUAAAUCAUCCAAAGUUAUCAAAUGAACUUACAAUACAGAGUAAAAUGGACAAUAUGCAUAAGAGAGAAUUCACGUUGCUACCAACACAGACUUAUUAAGCCUCUCACCUUCCCACUAUUUUUUACCUUAUUUGUUGUUGCAGGGGUUUCUGUAUUCCAUUCUGCCUUGGGAAGAAUAAGAGAAUGUACCAUUUUAUAAAUAAAAAUAAGACUUUUUAUAAAGAA